AUGGACGAAAUUAAUAUGUUCAAGGGACACGAGGCAAUCCUUCAAGAUGAGAUUGUCUUGGGGGAAUUACCCUCUGAAAUUCUCAGCAUAAUUCGCAACGGAAGCUCUCCACGGUAUCUGGAUGCGAUAGCUGCUGCGGGUGCGAUACCACGAUUGACGUCAAGGAUUUUCGCACGAUUCGAGAAUAUCUUCGCAGACACCUGUUCAAGAUGGGUAGAAGGAAAACAAGGGAAAGAGCAAGAUCCUGCCAUAAUCGAAGCUUUUGCGAGAAUUCUACCGUUUGCGCCAUGCCUCCACGUUUAUUUGGCAAACUACACCACCAGCCAAAGGAAUACUACCUCCGGCCGCGAAUUACGAUAUUUGUCGGACGAAUCCUCGAGCAAUAUUUCAGAACUAUCAGAUACGGGUCUGCAAUCGCUGCUACUUUCAGGCUUCCGACUUUUGAGGUUUGAUAGAGCAUUAUAUAUAAACUUGAUAUCAGCAAGCAAGAUUCAAAAUCUAUUACGACAUGACAACCAGGUAGUCAGAUACCUUGCCGCGAGGAUACUGGCGUUGCUAUUAUCGGCAUCUGAUGUGAAGCUCGAGGAGCUAUUGGCAGCUCAUGUGGGCAAGAACAGUCCUGUCAUGGGCGAUUAUGACGGGGACAAUAUCGAUUACGGAUUUCUAAGCCUCUACGAAGCCCGGAAAAUAAAAGAUGUUGUUGCGAUGCGACUCGCCAUGCAGGCUUCUGAAAGUGGACCGCAGCAGCUACAACCUCAAGGACUUUCCCCACUGGUUGUCAGAUGUGGCCAGGUUCUCCUCCCUCGUCCUGAUGGGACGCCUUCAAGGGGCUCGUCUCUCAUCACUACAAUCACAACUGCCAACAAUAAAGAGGACUUUGCGCAAGCACUGCUAUCAAGUUCACCUCUUCUCAUACAUGGGCUUUCUGGAGCAGGCAAGACAUCAUUGGUUAAUGACUUUGCCCGCGAGCUUGGAAAGGAAUCGACCAUGGUGACAUUGCAUCUCAAUGAGCAGACGGAUGCGAAGAUGUUAAUCGGCAUGUAUGCCACAGACACAACACCGGGAUCAUUUACGUGGCGCGCUGGUGUAUUAACUACAGCGAUCCGUGAAGGUCGCUGGGUUUUUAUUGAAGAUCUUGAUCGUGCGCCUAAUGAAGUUAUCAGCGUUAUUUUACCAUUAAUAGAGAGAGGAGAGCUUUUGAUACCCAGCCGAGGAGAGACAAUUCGGGCGGCACCCGGAUUCCGCUUGAUUGCCAGCAUUCGAACAUCGUUGAAUAUGAACGGACAAGAGAAUCCUCCAGCGAUGCACAUGCUUGGAGCAAGGUUAUGGAAUAGGGUUCCAGUUAAGAUGCCUAGCCGGCAAGAGUUCCAAGAAAUUAUAAACGGCACACACCCUGUGCUUCAUAAGUUUUUGCCAGGAAUUAUCUCGGUCUACGAGCGCCUUUAUUCGUUGGCUCAAAACCCAUCGUUUGCCUUGAAAAGCAAAACUUCGUUGGGACGCCCAAUAAGCCCUCGCGAUUUAUUGAAGUGGUGCCGUCGCCUGGAAGCUACUCUACUAGCUGCAGGAUCGAAGACUGGCGAAGAGCCCAUCACAGAAGGGACCAAGGAUGAGAUGUUUAUGGAGGCAGCGGAUUGCUUUGCGAGCAGCCUUCAAACCGAAGAAGCCAGAAAAACCGUCAUCACAGCGAUUGCAGAGGAGAUGCACAUCCCUCCUCAAAGAGCUGCCCACUAUUUGGAUAACCACGUCCCCCGCCUCAACGACACGGAAACCCAUCUACAGGUCGGGAGAGUCACUAUUCCUAAGCGACGAACAUUACACCGCGUUAGCAAACUGUCCAAGAAGACUCGGCCAUUUGCCAACACCACCCACGCGAAGAGACUGCUUGAGCAAGUCGGCGUUGCCCUGAAAAUGGCCGAGCCUGUCUUGCUGGUUGGCGAGACAGGUAUCGGUAAAACGACUGUUAUUCAACAACUUGCAGACUCGCUCGGGUACAAGCUCACCGCCGUCAAUCUGUCUCAGCAGAGUGAAGUCGGAGACUUGCUUGGUGGUUUCAAGCCAGUGAAUGUCAGGAGUUUGGCGAUUCCCUUGAAAGAGGAGUUUGAUGACUUAUUUGCGGCCACUGGUAUUUCUGCGAGCAGGAACCAGAAAUACCUCGAGUCGAUAGGCAAGUGCGUUGCGAAAGGGCAUUGGACCAAAGUUUCAAAAUUAUGGCGGGAAGCGCCGAAGAUGUUCGACAGGAUAGUGUCGGAUCUUGAGAAGCUCGAUGCUGCCAAGGCAAGAGACGCGCCAGAAGCACCGGUGAAAAGGAGAAAGACAGAAUCGAAGCUACAGUCAUUACUGUCUCUCAAGCCUCGAUGGGACCUGUUUUCGAAGAGCUUGGAGCAAUUUGAUGUUCAACUUUCUGGCGGCUCGAAGGGGUUUGCAUUCACAUUCGUGGAGGGCAACAUCGUUAAAGCUGCGAGGAAUGGCGAAUGGGUGUUACUUGACGAGAUCAACUUGGCAUCCCCAGACACGCUAGAAAGUAUUGCAGAUCUCCUUUUGGGUGGUUCUGGCACGAAGCCAUCUAUUCUUCUCUCCGAGACGGGUGAGAUAGAAAGAGUACAGGCGCACCCGAAUUUCCGCAUAUUUGGAGCCAUGAACCCAGCUACAGAUGUUGGAAAGCGUGAUUUACCUAUGGGCCUGCGAUCGAGGUUCACGGAGAUUUAUGUGGACAGCCCCGACAAGAACCUGGAUGAUCUCCUGGCAGUCAUCAAAGUCUACCUCAAGAGUUCAAGCACUAACGAUGAGCGGGCCGCUCACGAUGUUGCACGCCUGUACAUGAACACGAAGCGCAUGGCCGACGAUAAACAGCUUGUUGACGGAGCAAGCCAAGUUCCUCACUUCAGUUUGCGUACACUUACUCGAGUAUUGAGUUAUGUGACCGAAAUUGCUCCUUCGUAUGGUCUUCGUAGGGCUCUAUACGAAGGUUUUGCGAUGGGAUUCUUGACCCUCCUAAACCGAGAGUCCGAGAAAAUGCUCGUCCCUCUCAUCAACCACCACCUUCUCGAUAGCCACGGAAACCCACAAGCGCUUUUGGCGCAGACCCCUCGUCACCCUGAAGAUGGCAGACAAUACGUUAGAUUUAUGAACAAUAAGAGAGAUCGGCAGUAUUGGAUGCUUCAGGGCCGCGAAACUCCACAAGAGCAGCCGCACUACAUUAUCACUCCCUUUGUGGAGCGUAACAUGCUCAACCUUGUUCGUGCCACAUCAACGAGGCGAUUCCCAGUCCUUGUCCAAGGUCCCACUUCAGCUGGUAAAACAAGUAUGAUCGAGUACCUUGCCAAAUUUAGUGGCAACAAAUUCAUCAGAAUCAAUAAUCACGAGCACACCGAUCUUCAGGAAUAUCUCGGAACCUACGUCUCUGGUACUGAUGGGCAAUUGAAGUUUCAAGAAGGUCUUCUAGUUCAGGCACUCCGAGAGGGACACUGGAUUGUGCUGGAUGAGCUGAACUUGGCACCAACCGAUGUUUUAGAAGCACUCAACAGACUUCUCGACGACAACAGGGAGCUUCUGAUUCCCGAGACGCAGGAAAUUGUCCGACCCCACGAGAAUUUCAUGCUGUUUGCCACUCAAAACCCGCCUGGUCUAUAUGGUGGGCGUAAAACACUCUCCCGUGCCUUCAGGAACCGAUUUUUGGAGCUUCACUUCGACGACAUCCCCGAGGAUGAGCUGGAGUACAUCUUGGAGAACCGCAGCAAGAAUACCGCCCCUUCGGACUGCAAGAGAAUCGUGACAGUCUACAAGGAGCUAUCAAGACUCCGCCAGUCCAGCCGAUUGUUCGAGCAGAAAGACAGUUUUGCCACCCUUCGUGACCUAUUCCGUUGGGCCUUACGCGAUGCUGACAAUCGCGAACAGCUGGCGGCGAAUGGUUACAUGUUGCUCGGCGAGAGGGUCCGCAAAACCGAGGAAAGGCAGGCUGUGAAGGAAAUCAUUGAGAAGGUCAUGAAAGUUAAAAUUGACCCCUCUGUUUUGUAUAGUGCUGAGGCUUCACCCGAGAUUCAGUUGCACAACGAAACCUCGAAUGCGCAGGGUGUUGUGUGGACAGGUGCCAUGCGCAGGCUAUACGUACUCGUUUCGCAUGCAAUGAGAAAUAACGAGCCUGUAUUACUUGUCGGAGAGACGGGAUGCGGGAAGACUACAGUCUGUCAAAUGCUCGCCGAAGCAUUCGGCAAAGAGCUCCAUAUUGUUAAUGCGCAUCAGAAUACCGAAACCGGUGAUCUGAUUGGAGCGCAGCGCCCGGUGAGAAACCGCGCUGCAGUGUUGAAGCAGCUCGAGGAUGAUCUGAAGGCUGCUCUAAACUGUCUAAAUAUUCAAACCGACGCCCCUCUGGAAGACGUAGAGCAGUUGACGGCCGCAUACAACAGUCUCAGCGAGGAGCAACGUGUUAGUGUCCCAGAAGACCUGAGACAACGCAUCUACAAUGGUCAAUCUAAGGCCAAGGCAUUGUUCGAAUGGUCUGAUGGAAGCCUCGUUCAGGCAAUGAGAGAUGGCGAAUUCUUCUUGCUGGACGAAAUAUCCUUGGCCGAUGACUCUGUGCUUGAACGAUUAAAUUCGGUCCUUGAGCCACAGCGUACCAUUUUACUUGCCGAAAAGGGGAUUACUGACUCUUUCGUUGAAGCGACCGAGGGUUUCCAAUUUUUCGCAACAAUGAACCCUGGUGGCGAUUACGGUAAGCGCGAGUUGUCUCCUGCAUUGCGCAACCGUUUCACGGAGAUCUGGGUGCCGUCGCUUUCGGAGAUGGAGGAUGUGUUGCAGAUUGUUGACUCCAAGCUGAAUGCACCCACUAAGAAGUUUGCGAAGUCAAUGGUUGAUUUCGCUGAAUGGUUUGGCAAGAAAUACCGGUCAUCUUCUACACAGUCAAUCUCCGUCAGAGACCUUCUGGCUUGGAUUAGCUUCGUUAACGGAUCGAAGCCACAAGACCCAUAUUUUGCAAUCCUCCAUGGUGCAGCAAUGGUUUAUAUUGAUACUCUUGGUGCCAACCCGGCUGCACUGCUUGCUAUCAACCCAGAAAGCAUUAUUGAGGAGCGAGCAACCUGCCUACAGCAACUCAGCAGCUUUCUCAACCACAACGUAUCUGCAAUUUACUAUACCAACGUGGAGGUGAACAACAAAGAAGAUGGGUUCGUUGCGUUUGGAGAUUUCCAAAUUCCAAAGGCAGCAAUUUCCCAGGCGGACACGGGAUUCGCCUUUGAUGCUCCUACCACGAAGCUUAACGCCAUGAGGGUAGUCCGUGCGCUCCAAGUGCAGAAGCCAAUUCUCAUCGAGGGAAGCCCUGGAGUGGGAAAGACUACUCUGAUAGCAGCUCUCGCAAAGGCUAUUGGCAAGCCAUUGACACGUAUCAACUUGUCCGAACAAACAGAUCUUAUGGAUCUGUUUGGGUCAGAUGUACCUGUUGAAGGGGCUGAGGCUGGUAACUUCGCAUGGCGCGAUGCGGCUUUCCUUCAAGCAAUGCAAAGGGGCGAUUGGGUGCUUCUCGACGAGAUGAAUUUGGCAUCACAAUCAGUUCUUGAAGGUUUGAACGCAUGUCUCGAUCAUCGAGGAGAAGUCUACAUUUCGGAGCUCGACCAGACAUUCAAGCGUCACCCGAACUUUUCCGUCUUUGCGGCCCAGAAUCCCCACCACCAAGGAGGUGGCCGCAAGGGCCUUCCCAGCUCCUUUGUCAACCGAUUUACCGUUGUGUAUGCUGACGUGUUUAGAAACGAUGAUUUGACUCUUAUUUGCCAACAUAAUUUCCCAGACAUGGACAAAGCGAUCAUGGCUAAUAUAAUUGGGUUCGUAUCUGCGCUGGAACAAGAGGUUGUCUACAAGAGAAGGUUUGGCUCUGAGGGAGGCCCCUGGGAGUUCAACCUUCGUGACACAUUGAGAUGGCUUCAAUUAUUAGCAUCCAAUGACUCUCUCACGGGUGCGGCCACCCCCGCCGACUUCUUAAACCUCAUCUUCCGCCAGAGAUUCCGAACAGCGAAGGACAGAGACCAUGUCAACAGAAUUUUCACCCAAGUCUUUGGAUACGAAAUUCCUUUCCGCCACCUAUUUCCAAAUCUCGCAUCAGACGCAUACCAGGUGGGCUUGGCGUAUCUGCCACGAAACCAGCUCAUUCAACGAUUCCCAUUCCCCCACGAAGAUGUGAGGAAGCACUAUGCGGAGAUCGAGUCUAUCAUGACAUGUCUCAGCCAAAAUAUGCCUUGUAUACUAGUUGGCCCUUCAGGUUCAGGCAAGAGCAGCCUCGUCCAGCACGUAGCUGCUGCUGCUGGAGCCGAGCUGGUGGUAUUCCCACUGAACUCUGAUAUCGAUACCAUGGACUUGGUAGGUGGCUUCGAACAGCUGGAUCCCCAACGAUCAUCUGCGGCCUUCCUACAAAGUCUGUCAGUGUUCCUUGAAGGCAAAGUUUUAUCGUCCAUUCCACGAGCCGCUCCAGACGAAGCGAUCGAGAUUCUUAGCAUGUGUAAGAAUCCGGAUCAAGUUUCGUCCAACUAUUUUGCCAAGAUCCUCCAAGUAUUGGUUUCUCUCUAUGAGAAGACUUCACUCCCAGAGCUGGAAGGAUUUUUGACGACGUGCCAACACUUCGUUGACCACCCAAACAAGAUCGAAAGCGCUCGUUUCGAAUGGGUCGACGGUGUAUUGGUCAAAGCCCUCGAAGAGGGGAAAUGGCUAGUCCUCGAUAACGCUAACCUGUGCAGCUCGUCUGUUCUUGAUCGUUUGAAUUCUUUGCUUGAGCCUUCUGGCUUCUUGAGUAUCAACGAACAUUGCGGACCAGACGGAGAACCAAAGCUUGUAAGGCCGCACCCGAACUUCCGUCUCUUCAUGACGAUGGACGCUCGUUUCGGUGAGCUCUCGAGAGCCAUGAGAAACCGUUCUAUUGAGAUAUUCCUUGAUGCCCCGGUCAUCUCUAGCGAUUCGGUGACCGAGUCUACAAUUCCUCCUGUGCUUGAGCCUUCUCAACAGCGAUUUCGAAAUUUGAUUAAAGCCUUGGAAGCAGAAGGUCCUUCAGCGCAGCUCGGCUCACUAACUAAAGUGGCAUUGGACCAUGUAUCCACAGUUGAUACGGAUCUGCUUCCAAGAUUUGCCCAGGCAAUCCAGAAUGGCCUCGUCAGCCCGCCUUUUAUUAACGAAGAGACUGGCAAGAUAAUUGCUCGAUACCUAGAGGCUCUUCAACCUGGUAAAAGUCAGGGAUUGGCACACGCUGUCAAUCGGAUGUACGACGGGCUCGCAGGAGCAUUGGGUCUCCCAGGGAGCUUCAAAGAGUCGCAGACAAUCCAUACGCUUACAAACUCACCUCUGGUGCCUUUGCUACAACAGUAUCCUGCCACCACAAACCAAAGCUAUUGGCUUGGCACCGUCCUUGAGCUUCAGGUGGAAGCCCUUGAUGGCCAAGAGGCACAAGAAGAACAGCUCCGCACGCUAUCGACCUUGAAGCCAUCCCAGAUGAAUCGCCUCCAGCGAUCGAUGGUCCGAGACCGCGUCCCAUCUGUAGCAAAAGAUUCAACAGUCUCCAUCGCAGAAUUCCUUCACGAAAGUUUACAGACAUUCCACGAAUUCCUACAAAACGCCCCAUCAUCGGAUUCGGCCGUCCACAGCCGAAUUUUGAGAGAGAUCAUGCAAUUCUGGUGGCAGACAUAUAGGCUUGCCCAGACCGGAAAAUUCGAAGAAGCAACUUUCCAAGCGCAUCUCGCUAUAGGAACCGAUUUGUUGUCACGUCUCGCAAAGGUGCACCCGGGUGGCAUAGUUGAAUGGUUUCAGAAGAGACUCAAGCACAACUUCGAUUCUGGUUUUAGUUUGACUACUGGUUUGAGUAUGGAGACUCUGUGGUUACAAUUUAGACCACUACCAGUUUCGAGCACCGAGAAACUGCAAAUGCUUCUCGAGAUGGAGGCGCUGGCUGCGAAGUUUGAUGCUCUCAGAUGGAAGAUUUCGAUUUCCGUUUCAGAGCUCGCCGGAAUCAUGUCUGCGUUGGUCAAGGCGCACCACACCCUGCUUACAGCAGAUGUUGAUGGCCGCUCCCUGAUUAAGACGCUGAGCACUGAACUGGAGAGGCUCGAGGCCAUAGCUGGGAAAGAAACCGCCAGUGUCACUCCAUUCCUCGCAUCACAAUUCGAAGCUCUACGUCAAUACAAGGCACUGCAGGCCAUGCACACAAAGACUUUCAGUCAAGGAGGCAACCUCGACGCUACCGACCCAGAGACUAUGGUCCUUGCAAACCAUUCAACUGCAUCUCUGAUGCAUUUGGCUUCUGCUAGCCCCUCGUCCAACCCGCUCUUCAGCACCGACUAUCUGUGGGGUUCUGGAGACGGACUUCAACCAAUAAAUGAUUCGUUCUCUGCAUCACUCAUCCACAAGCUGCACAAUUCGAGCGAUGUCACCCUUAACUCGCUGAGGCUACUGGAGACUGAAUUGCCAAUAAUGGGUCGCCAGUUGAUUCAAGCAAGUGCAUCCUUGAGCAGAAACCACUUCCUUGACAUGGAUAUGUUCCUAGUUGAGCUUAUGGUGGAUAUUGUGGGAGCUCACAAUGCAGAACUCGCCGUAAAUUUCAGGGUAGCUGCAGGUGAACUUGACAGUUUACCUAUACCCUCUUCAUACUCCAUGGCCACAUUGGCGGUUCUCCAUCCAGCAUCAUUCAAGUCUGUAUAUGAAGCGGACACUUGCCCUCCACAGCUUCAACAUGCCAUCAAAGAGCAUUUCAUGCCUGCGUUAGUGUCAAUUGCAGCUGUUAAGAAACAUGCGGGCAACCAGGCACAACAUUCAGCAUUAGGAUGGGUGCAAUUUGCUGUUGGUGUUCUGGCACUCUAUGUACCAGAUCGAUCAUAUGAUCCAGAAAAGAGGCAACGCCUGGAGCGUGAACGUCAUAUUGAAAUGAGCCAGGCUCUUCAAACCCGACUUGGUGCACUCCAAAAAUUCGAAGUCAUUCUCACUAGCCAACAUUCGAACUUAAGGAGCCAGCUGCUGGAGGCAGAGAUUAAUGAACUGGGCGAACCCACCGAGACGCCCCAAGAAGUUUUUCGCCCUACAGUUUCUGAAUUGGAUCAGCUCCAAGGAGAGUUCAAUAACUUGUUGAACAGCGUAUUGGCAGCUAGACCGCAUGCCUUGUUGUUCAGCCAGCUCAAUUCCAGCUCCGACGACUCUAUUCAGAGCUUGAAGCUCCUUCAGAGCAAUGUCGUCCAGAUAGUCCGCCGAUUUUCAGACAGGUUCCGCGCUUAUGGCGAUAUGACAGUUCCACUUGUCAGCAUGCUUCGAUGCUUGCAAAUUGGUCUUUUCAUGGCUGGCAUGUCUGCAGAAGAGCCUUCGAACAAUGCCCGAAAUAUCGUGGCUCUUAGCAAAAUGACUCCGUUCCUUGGAGGCGAAGCCGAGUUCGAUGACUCCAAUAGCUUGGAACAACCCCUGGAAGUCCUUGGCCAGAUUGCUACUAUUGCGAGCAUUGAUGGUAUCGACAGUUUCGGUGACGAGCAGCGCCAAAUUCUUUACAAUAUCUUCCACGGCUGUUUCGAACAGUGGAGUAAGCGCCUCGAGCUUGAUCGCGAGGAAGCUGAAGUCAAAGGCGGACUGUACCGCUUCAAGGGUAGCUUCGAGGACGAAAAUGAAGAGGACCAAGAGCAGUUUAAUGAGCUCUUCCCAGCUUUCGACGAAGAAGAAUCUAAGCCAAUUGGUGGAACAAUUCACCAUGCCGCUCGUGAUACGGCGAUUAUCCUCGCGAAGCUCCAUGCUGAGAUCUACUUAAACAAGAGCGUCCCGGCAGAUAAGAUCACGUCGUUAAUACGUACGAUGGCGUCUCGUAUUGGAACCAUCUGGAACACCGAUACUUCGUUGUAUGGAAGCGGACAAGCCACAUCUCGCGGACUAACGGAGUCACUCUUGCCUGGCGCAUUGCUUCUUUUGGAUGACAAAAUUCAGGCCUUGAGUGCAGACACAACCACUUCCGACACCUACAACUUCUACCUAGAUCCCAACCUUCCCGAGGCUCGUAAGCUCGUGGGAUUAAUUCACCAAGUCCAACUUCGGUUCCGCGAGCUUCAGGAAGUUGACGAGAUCGGCCAUAUGCAGCCGCUCGACGAUGUGCUUGUUUCGUGCAGGGAGCUUCUCGAAUUCUACCACACUGAACCCAUUGCAAAGAUCAUCACGAAAGUCGAGAAAGUUCAUACGUACAUGCACGAAUGGCAGUUUGGUGGCUGGGCGAGCCGAGUCAACUCUGCCACUGCUCUCUAUGACAGAUUAACUCAAACAAUUGUCAACUGGCGUCGCCUUGAGCUCACAACCUGGUCAAAAUUAUUCGACAUGGAGGAUAAGAAGUGCGAUGAUGACGCAAAGUCUUGGUGGUUCAUUGCCUAUCAGGUCGUUAUUGCGGCGCCGCUGGAACUUUCAAGCUCGGAAGAGGAAUUGAGAACAUACGCACAAAAACUCCUGAAAGAUCUUGAGACAUAUUUUGCCACAGCUAUUCAAGGGCAGUAUGCCCAACGCCUGCAAAUGAUCAAGCAGCUUCGGCAGCACCUUAAGAUGCUCGCUAUUGACUACCCUCUCAUGACAAUAAUCGAGAACGCCGUGUCGAGCUUCCUCGGGCUCUAUUCUCGAUACGAGGGGCAAGUAGGCGAAAACUUGCGCAAGGGCCGUGUGUCUCUUGAGAAAGCAAUGAAGGACGUUCUUCUCCUUGCUAGUUGGAAAGAUACGAACAUUGUGGCCCUGAGAGAUAGUGCUAAGAGAUCUCACCACAAGCUGUUCAAGUUGGUUCGAAAGUACAGAGCUCUGUUGAGUCAACCGAUGGAGAUAGUUUUGAAGCAAGGGUUGCCAGAAGAGCAGGAUGGCACAGUCGGAAACGUUGUCGUGGCGAACCACAAGGCUCUUGUAACUGUCGACAAAUCUGCUUUGGCCCUUUGUGAGGCCGAAGUUCCACACUGGGCCAAGAAGAGCCCGCGGUACAUAAAUAUCUCCAAGACCGUGGGAAUGAUGGAUGAUGCUUCUCAAAUACCCGAAGACAAUCUUAAUGUCUCGGAAUACAUCGACUCUUUCCUUGGUAAUAUCGUCACUACAGCAGCGCAGCUGCAAAAGGCCACACCUUCUGUCCUUACGGAAGACAACAAGGUGACUGUCAAGCACUUGAAGACAAGAAAGCGCAAGUUGUUUGCCGAGACGCUCAAAGAGUUGCGUGAAAUGGGUAUCAGACACAACCUGGGCACCGCUGCUCUUGCACAGCAAGAUUCCCUUUCGGUCGUCUUGGCUAACGCUGACAAUCUGCCACAAUCGGACGCCUUCGAUUUCUCUGGAAUCAAUUACUACUAUAGCCAAACAUUAGACUUGGUUCCCCGUGCUAGACUUGCGACAAGAGGGCACAAUGAAGACUUGAGUCUCGCAGAAGCCGCUCGUAGCUCUGGGCUGCUCGAAGGUCUACUUCAGGUCGUGAUCCAGCAGAGAAACGCACUCGCGCAGGCUGUCUCUGACUCCACAGCUCUUAGCGAAUCUAUUAAGCAAGCUACUGGCCUUUGGUCUGGAGGCAAGUACGACAUCGCAAGUGUCGUAUCUUCUACUACAUAUGCGCCUUCUCUGAAAUGGCUGCCAAGCAUCCUACGAGUCGCCUUGGGCUUGCUGAAGACGCACAACAGACUCGGCAGCGAGACCAACUCUGAUGUCGACGAGGUCUUAGUCUUAUGGAUUGAAAAGUUUGACAUCUUUCGCCAAACCUACAACCGCCUCCCGAUACUGCCCAGUGGCCUUCAAUCUUCCAGCCAUAUUGAGCUGGAAAUUGAGGUUCACGACGCGAUUAAGGGUCUGCGGGUCAAUAUCGAGUUCUUAAAGACAUCGCAUCCUCAUUUGGAUUAUAUUCUCCAGCAGAUUCUACCAUGGACAGCAACAGAACCCCUAAUUGUAGAAGAAAUCGGCAAUAGCGCUGAUAUUCCAGCCCUUGAUAAGAACAUAUCGAAGAUCUGCGAUUCAAUUCUUGUUGCAAUUGAGAAACUUUCAAAGUCCAUCUCCACAAUGCCAACUUCAACAGAAGAUCCUCUGUGGCUUACAGAUAACGACAUCAGCCUCCGUAAUAAUUUCACGUUUCUGCACAGCACUGAGAUCAACCAACAGAUCAACGAAGCUUUCACGGUGUUGAAGUCAUUGGAUCUCAGUGAUCCCCGGGUCGGCCGCGUUGCAGGAGCCAUGUUCGCCGUUACCCUGCCUACUGUGGAGCAAUAUUUCAAUAUUCUCCAGCAAUCCAUUGCGAGAUAUGCUCAGCUCAACCGAGCGACCUGCAAAAUGACUUAUAUUUUGGCGAAGACCUUCAUCCAGAUUGCAACUCAAGGGUUCUGUACUCCUGCGGAGAAAUCGGACUCCCAGGAAGGCAAGACCGAUAAACUGGAGGGUGGAACAGGGCUUGGUGAGGGCGAGGGUGCAGAUGAUAUUAGCAAGGAUAUCCAAGAGGACGAAGAUCUUACGGAGUUGGCUGAGGAGCCCAACAAGGGAGACAGGGAGGAUGACAUUGAAGACGAGAAAGAUGCAGUGGAUAUGGCAGAUGCGGAUAUGGAAGGAGAAAUGGGCGAAGCUGAGGAGAAGGGUGAAGAUGAAGAAGGAUCUGGUGACGAGGAUGACAAGGACGAUAUUGAAGAAGAAACCGGGGAUGUUGAUGAUUUGGAUCCAAAUGCUGUGGAUGAGAAGAUGUGGGAUGGAGAUGGAGAGAAAGCGGACAAAGAUCAGGAGGGUGAUGAUUCGAAGGGCGAGCAAAACAAGGACGAACAAGUUGCCGCUACGGAGAAUGACAAGCCAGCCCCUGAACAGAAGGAGGUAGAGGGAGAAGAAGAGGAAGAAGAGGUUGGAGCUGAGCAGAGCGAGGAGGUGACGCAGCAAGAUGACGUUGGGAAGCAUGAUCCUCAUGCUGAUGACGGCGAUGCACUUGAUUUGCCGGAAGACAUGGACUUGGAUGGAGAGGAUGACGAAGGGAAGGAAAUGAAUAACGAGGAUGAUGGCAUGGAAGAUCUCUCAGAUAUUGAAGGUGAGGAUCAAGAAGGUGAUGAGGUUGACGAGAGUGACGAUAAAAACAUGGAUGGUGAAGACACGGAGGGCCAAGAGGAUCAGGAUAUGGGAGAAGAUCUGGACGUGAUCGAUCUCGAUGAGAAGGAUGAGGAGGGCGACGGAGAAGAUACCAAUGAGGCGGGUGAGAAGGCCGAAGGUGAAGAUGCAGAGGAGGAGCCUGAGAAGCAAGAGAACCUUCUACGUGAUCACGACGACGACGCCAAGGCGGAUGACGAGAACGUGAUUCCAAGCGAGGCGCAGGGUGUUGGGAAAGAUCAAGAAGACAACAAUAACGCCGACGACAACAAGGAAUCAUCCAGCAAAGCCCAGAGGGAGGAUGGCGGUGGAGGUGGUGACGCCUCUGAACAGAAAGAUGCAGCGGCAGAGGAAGGCGAAAAUGGCAGACAGGCACAAGGCGAGGCACCCACGUCGAACGACGAGACACAGGACGCCGCCGAUGCCCAGCCAUUCAAGAAGCUUGGUGAUGCUCUGGACAAUUGGCAUCGCCAGCAGACAAAUAUUCGCGAUGCUCCCCAGUCGCAAGAGAAGGGCCAGGACCAACCGAUGGAUAAUGAGAAUGAGACCUCCGAGUUCCAGCAUCUUCAAGAUGAGGAAGCGGAGGAAGAUACUACGCAAGCUCUUGGAACGGCUAUGGAGGACCAAGCUCAUGCAGUUGACGAGUCAAUGGCCAUCGAUACGGAAACCAAAGAGAUGCCAGAGGCUUUCCAGCCCGAUGAAGUUGAGCAGGACGAUGUCGACCACGAUGAUGCUAUGGGUCUCGAGGACACCGAAGCACAGCCAGAGUCGACUGACGCAUACGAAGGCCGUGCCGGAGCUGCGAUCCACCAAGCCAAGGAAGAUCGCGAUCCAGAGCAAUAUGUUCCCCAACAGCCGACCGAUAUCGAGGAUGAUGUUGAGGAGGUGGACAGAGAGCUCGAUGCAACCCACAUUGAUGAUUCUGGAGCCGUCGAACUCUCUCGCGACUCCGCUUCUGCCCGCCAACUAUGGACCGACUACGAGGCCUCCACCCGAGACCUAUCUCUCUCUCUCACCGAACAACUCCGUCUCAUCCUCGCCCCCACGCUAGCUACCAAGAUGCGCGGCGACUUCCGCACUGGCAAGCGCCUAAACAUCAAGCGCAUCAUCCCCUACAUCGCUUCCUCCUUCAAGCGCGACAAGAUCUGGAUGCGCCGCUCCGUCCCCUCCAAGCGCUCCUACCAAAUCAUGCUCGCCGUCGACGACUCCAAGUCGAUGGGCGAAUCCGGCUCCGGCGCCCUCGCCUUCGAGACGCUGGCCAUGGUCUCGAAAUCGCUCAGCAUGCUCGAGGUCGGCGAGAUCUGCGUGCUCGGCUUCGGCGACAGCGUCAAGGUGGCGCAUGAUUUCGAUACGCCGUUCUCUGCUGAUGCGGGGCCGCGCGUGUUUCAGCACUUUGGGUUCGAGCAGGCGCGCACGGAUGUUACGAGGUUGGUGAGGGAGUCGAUUGAGUUGUUUCGUGCGGCGAGGGCGAAGGCGUCGAAUGCGCCGGCGGAUUUGUGGCAGUUGGAGCUGGUUAUUUCGGAUGGGGUUUGUGAUUCUAGCGAGCAUGAGCCGAUUCGCAGAUUGCUGCGUGAGGCGAUUGAGGAGAGGAUUAUGAUUGUGUUCAUUAUUGUUGAUGAUGUGAGGAAUAAGAAGAAGGGGGAGAGUGUUAUGGAUCUCAAGGAGGCCAAGUUUGUGAAGGACGAGUAUACGGGUACCUCGAAUGUCAAGAUUGAGAGGUACUUGGAUACGUUCCCGUUCCAGUACUAUCUUGUGGUGGGAGAUGUGAAGGAGUUGCCUGGUGUGUUAGCAACGUUGUUGAGGCAGUGGUUUGCGGAGGUUGCGGAUUCAUCUGGUUGA